GAUUGAAAAGAGUGUAAUUAAUUACAUAAGUAUAAGAAACAUUUAAUUAGAUGAGCAUGAUUUGUUUUGUUAAUAAAGGUAGUUGAUUGUUGUAUUAAUUAUUUGGGAGAAGGAGGUAAAUAUGGGUGGGUACAUGGUUUUAGCAUGAUGAUUUCCAUUGGUGUGACUGAGGAACUCAAGACUGGGAAUGGAAAGAGAUGAACUUUACUCCUUACAAAAGAGUACUCAUCCAAUUCCACAGUCUAGCCACGUGCAGCUAAACUGCGUUCCACCCCACUCCGCACGUGGCAGCAUUCCAUAACCGAUGCUCUAAAUCAUUCACCUACUCCGCUCUCCACACAAUCCUCAGUUCCAUUCUCCUCCUUUCCCUCCCCCUCAACACACAAAUCUCACUCUCAAAUCAAACACAACACCCUAACCAUCAAAUCAAAACAUACACAUACAUUACACACCACAAACUCUCAACUACAUUCAUUUUUCACUUCUUCACUCCAUCACUCUCCACUUCAAUUUCAUGCCAAAUCAAAACCAUGUCUGACCCUUCCACCACCCCAUUGCCACAUCCACCACUCUUGCCUGACCCCCACCGCCAGCCCCUCCACCACCACCACCACCACCCCGUGCCACUCAUCCAGGGCGCCGCUGCCGCUGCACCACCCUCCUCCUCCUCUUCCCUCGCUCGAGAAUACCGCAAGGGCAACUGGACCAUCCAAGAGACCCUCAUCCUCAUAACUGCCAAGAAGCUAGACGACGAACGUAGGCUCAAAACCCCACACGACCCUACCAGGCCUGCAUGUAGCUCCACCGCCUCCUCCUCCGCCAGAACAAGCGGUGAGCUACGCUGGAAAUGGGUCGAAAACUAUUGCUGGAGCCAUGGGUGCUUGAGAAGCCAGAACCAAUGCAAUGACAAAUGGGACAACCUCCUCCGCGAUUACAAAAAGGUCCGCGACUACGAGUCCAAAUCACAACAACACUCUCACGAAAUCAAACACUUCCCUUCUUAUUGGACUCUAAACAAACAACAACGUAAGGAACAAAACCUCCCCUCCAACAUGGUCUACGAAAUCUACCACGCCAUCACCGAAGUCCUUCAAAGGAAACAAACACAACCACAACCACAAUCACAAACCCAAAGACAACCACAACCGCAACCGCAGCCUCCGCUUGCAUUAAUUACAGACUCAUCACCUCCACCUCUUCCACCACCUCCCCCACCACCGGUUAGUUCAACCCCUCCGGCGGUUUCAGAGAGGUCGGAAUCAUCAGGCACGGAACACAGUGAAGAUGACGCCAAUGAUGGGUCCGAAUCAAAACGUAGAAAAGUUAAAAAUCUUGGCUCAAGCAUAAUGCGAAGUGCAUCCGUGUUAGCACGAGCUCUCAGGAGUUGUGAAGAAAAGAAGGAAAAGCGACACCGUGAACUGAUCGAGCUAGAGCAAAGACGUCUUCAGAUGGAGGAAGCUCGCAAUGAAGUUCACCGGCAAGGCAUCGCCACCCUUGUUGCAGCCGUCACCAACCUUUCCGGUGCUAUUCAGUCACUCAUUAAUUCUGAACACCACGGCCAAAGAUAAUUAAUUAAUUAAUUAAUUAAUUAUAAUAUGCAAAAUAUAAAAUAAUAUAUGCUUCUUUGCUUAGUUGUUUAUUAUUAUUAGUGGUAGUAUGUGAUUUAUUGAAAAUGGUAUAAUAUUUAUCGGUCAUUCUUUUCUCUCUUAAAAUUCAAUUGUUGUGGUAUAGUUUUGAGGAGGUUUGGGUAUGAAUUAUAUAUGAAGGAUGCUCCAAUUCUUUAAUGACCCUUAACAUUGGGACAGAGAUGAUAUGGUUAUGUAUAUAUAAUUGAAUUGAAUUGAAUUGAAAUUAAUUAUGGUGUGAGAUUUGUUUGUUUGUCUAGUUAUAGAAAUCCGUAUGUGGUUGAAAAGAAAAAUAGAGUGAAAUGAGCAUUAUGGGAAUGGAAGGUAAGAGGGAGAGAGGGGUUGGUGACAAGUGUGGCAGAAGGCAUGGCAGAGAGUGGUAAUCCAUUAUAUUGAGAAUGCAAUAGAAUUCUACUACUUUCACUAGGGACAGUCAAAGGGUCUGAGUCAAUUUCUUUUGACCACAUAGGACAGGAACCCCACCACUUGGGCAUGUGUACCCUACACUUCUCUUCCACACUCUCACUCUUCCUCCUCUCAUAUACGCCAAAAUCAUGAUAGACUCUCCUCAAUGAUACACUGAACUUCCCAAAAUACCCCUCCUCGUCCCAUCUCUCUCUUCCUGCCUAGUACAGUCUACAGUCUGCCUUUCCAGCCAGCAUCUUUAACUCACCAAUCCUAUUACUUUAUCACCCACGACCGACCGACUCUUUUACAACAUAACAAACACCUCUAAUCUUAUUUUUACCAUUUCUUCUACAUCUCCCAAAUACACUAAACAAUCAUACAUUUCUUCAAAACACACCUUCCUUGCAAGUUUCAAGAGGAUCACUGGAUUCACUUCACUUUUAACAGGGUUUCCUUAUGCUAUACAUAC